AUGCCCCGAAAUAAUCAGAGUAAAACUUCAGGGGUUGUAAGUGCGGAUCACGUAACAGCCAGAUGGGAAGGUGUACCUUUGAAUUCCCAGUCAGCCCUAAUCGACGCUGAUGAUGGUGCUACUGUCAUUACUGAUACGAUUAAAGAUGACCAAGAACGGCAAGAACCGAAAAGUUGUCCACAGCAAACUGUUAAGUAUAUCAAAAUCCUCACACCCCAUGUGAUCCUUGUAGCUGUGCUUAUCGGCUAUUUAUGCUUAGGAGCUUGGAUUUUGAUGCUUCUAGAGACUGAGACCGAACUUAAAGCCAGAUCGAAGAAGCUUACACGCCUUACAAACACUAUGAUGAAUUUCACCAAACAUAGCUGGCGAAUGUUGAACGAUGCACAGCAUGGUAUUCGAGUAGUGGACGAACAAGAAUGGGUAGUGACAUUUCGGGAAUGGAUGAUAUCUGUUUCGGAAAUUGUGGAUGAUCGGCGUCCGAUUCGUAAAGAAUUGAAUAGACCGGACGACUUGGAAAAUAUGCACAAUAAAUGGACGUUUCCAACAGCGUUACUUUAUGUGCUUACUGUGCUCACCACAUGUGGUUACGGUGAAGUAUCGGUAGAUACGGAUGUUGGAAAAGUUUUUGCUGUGGUAUUUGCACUUGUUGGUAUUCCGCUCAUGUUCAUCACUGCUGCCGAUAUCGGCAAAUUUCUCUCAGAAACAUUGCUCAAAUUUGUUAGCAACUGGAAUAGAAUGACGCGGAAAGUUAAGCAGUGGAUUUAUCGCAGUCGCCAUGGUCGACGGAAGUCCAUGCAAUCAUCCAACGGAAACACGGACACUUUGGAUAUCUUAGGUGUUGAUGGUACUGAAGAAAAGCUGUGGUUUCCAAUUGGAGCCUAUGUUGCCUGCAUUUGUUUAUAUUGCUCUAUGGGAUCAGCCAUGUUUAUAAAUUGGGAACGGACCUGGUCUUUCAUUCAUGCCUUUCACUUUGGUUUCAAUUUAAUUGUAACUGUUGGAUUGGGAGACAUCGUUGUUAAAGACUAUAUAUUUCUUUCGCUCAUUGUCGCCUUCGUUAUAGUUGGUCUUUCCGUAGUAACUAUGUGCGUCGAUUUGGCCUCGACUCAUCUCAAGGCCUACUUUACCAGAAUUCACUACUUUGGGCGAGCAAAGAGGUUUCUGGGUAUGAGCGAGGAGUUGAAGGAAAUCGUUGCGCUGCUGGGUGCAAUGCGACGAAAGAAAGGCGGAAAGGUCACGUGGAAUGAUGUUCGGGAUUUCCUCGAUAAUGAACUGCGCGAUCGACCAUUCGAGCCGCAUGAGCUUCUCAUGAAAUUACGGUUUAUAGAUGAGACAUCAUCAGGGAUGUCGACAAUUCGCCAUAAUUCCUUCCAAUCCGAUUUCUUCCGUGAAUCAGAGUACAUACGUCGGCGAAUAUUGCUCUAG